UCAGGGCUCUUGGGGAAAGAUCAGCCCUUGGCGAGUUAGUCCCGGGAGAGCUUUGCCCACCCUGCCCAGGGUCUACAGUGCCGUCUUCUCCCCCGGCAGAGAGAUGCGUGGCAUGUGGAGGAGCUCCCUGUACCACAUGGCUCAGAGGCUGGUGGAGCUGCUCAGCAGGGAGCAGCCGCGCUGGGAGGCCCCCGCCAUGGCGCUCCUGGCUGAGCUCCUGGCCUACCCUGACAUGAACGCAUGGGAUGAACGUGUCGUGCAGCUGGCGCCAAGGUACCUGGGGAGCAAGAGCAGCGUGAUGCGGUGCCUGGUGCUCAGAGCCCUCAGCACCCUCUGCCACAAACCCGCGAUGGAUGAAAUGAUGCAGAUCCUGCAGAGAAGGCUCAUGGAGCUGCUGGGGGAUGCAGAUGAGGAGGUGGUUGUGAUGACCCUCAAUCUGCUCAGCAACAUUCUCCACAACUGCAACACCCGAGUUGUCAACGUCAUGGCUCGGGAGCUGACUUGGAGGCUCCCGCCACUCUUCCACCACGACAUCAUCCACGUGCGGCUGCUCUCCCUUCAGCUCUUCCAACACACCAUGGAGGCUCUCAAGAAAGAAGAAAGCAAGCUGCUGAAGGCACAGGUGCACCAGAACCUGGUCCCACUGCUCUGCCUCCUGCAUGAGGAGAGCCAGGAGGUGGCAGAGGCCUCUCGGGUCACCCUGCUGCGAGCUGCCACCUUCCUGAAGAAGAGGAGGCUCAGACAGGUGCUGGAGAAGUGUAAGCUGUGGGCGGUGGACGAGUGCCUGCUCUCGCAGUGCAGCAGCAGCAGAGCCGUGCAGUACGUGCAGCAGGCCCUGUGGUGCCUCUACAGCCCACAGCAGCCCGUGCGAGAGGCGGCCGUCAGGUUCCUGGGAAUUGCCGGGCAGCACCUGAGGGGACAGGAGAAGGAACUGCAGCUGAUCCAUCGGGCCCUUCAACUCGUGACAGAUGACGUCAACCUGUCGGUCGCAAACCUGGCAGUUCAGACCCAGCUGAGCCUGAGAGCUGCAGAGGAAGCAGCUUCCUCCAGACCCAGCCUGCGAGAGCGGCUCUGCAGGGCCUGGAGGGGAUGGGCUGCCUCCUGGGCCCGUGGCUGACUGGGCAGCUGCAGCUCAGCGCGGGGCUGGUCCCAGGACAACACUCCAUGAGAUCUUCCCUGUGCUCCCUGGCAAGUCUUUAAUCCCUCAACCCACCAGCAGUGUUCUGUUGAUUCAUGGCACAGUGGUUCAGGCACUUUGUAGUUUUUAAUGUGUGCAAAGGGCUUUGCUAAACACAA